GGCUACAACUUUGGUAUAAUAAACAUUUUGAGAAAAUGAACGGAAAAUUUCAGAAUUGACUCACAAGUGGACUGAUUGUCUUAUGCUCAGGAUUUUGGACACUUGAAUGGUUUUCUUGCUCCUUCUUCUUCUUCCUUAACAUACUACCAUGGAGUUGGAGUUUUCUUUUCUUCUUCUUGUUGCUGCCGACAGAGAGAGAGAUGAAGAGAGGUUCAAUUUCUUCACAUACUCUCUUCAAUUCGGGUAUUUUGUAUCAAUUUCUCACUUUUUCUCCCAAAAUCCUUCCAUUCUCAAUUUUCUCUCAAAAUGAGCGAAAUUGUCUCCGACGUUCAUGUCGAUGCUCAAGAAGGGUUCAAGGCUUACGUCGACCCACAUAUCAUCGAGGGGAGAACUCUUAAACAAGAUGACAUACCCGUUGCCGUUCUUGAACUCAUUCAUGAACAAGGAUGGAGUUUCUUUCUUCAACUCCACGCCCCCGUUUACCCAGAACUUGUUCAUCAAUUUUAUUCCUCAUUAAGAUACCAUAAGCAAGACCCUUCCAUUACCGCUAUUGUUUCCGGCAAAACCUUCGGAUUCAACACCCAAAACCUUUCCGAGUGGUUCCACCUAGAGCGUCAAGGAGUCUCCUCUGAUUGUAAAAAGGGGUGGAUUUCCGACUCACAAGACUUCAACGCGGAUUUUUGCCUACGUGUUCUCAAGAAUAUUGCUCUUGACCAUGUCUUUGAGGACCCGGACUAUUUCCUUCGUCGGCUCAACGUCCAAGACUUGACCGCAAAUUGUUUCAUUCUUCUCAAAAUGCUCAAGGAAAAUGUCAUCCCCGUCCUUAACAAAGAUAAACAAGUUGGGAUUUAUGAGUGUACUCUUCUUUACCUCCUCCUCACUCACAAGAAAAUCAAUCUCCCAUCCAUUAUCAUCCAACACAUGUACGAGAACUCGGGUCGCCAAAACAAACCCUAUGGCAUGCUUCUUACCCACAUCUUUUCCAAGAGGGAAAUUCUUGAAGUGAGCCCGUCCCGCAACCGCUAUCUUGAUGCGGAGUGCCUUGGGUAUUGUGGCCUCGUAAAGAUCGGAGAGGAAUACUACAUGAAGAAGGAAUUCCAAAAGCUUGAUGCGGCGACACGAGCGGAGUAUGGUCCUCGGCGUUCCAUGUCAUCUUUGCCUUCCACUUCACGAGCACCCCAAGACGAAGCCGAAGAAAAUGCCAACACAGAAGUCCCUGUUCGUGCUUCUCGGGUCAAACGCUCAAAGUCAGCGUCUCAUGCUUCCUCGGCCUCUCUCAUGCAUCGUCACUCUCACAUGGCUUCAACUUCCAAAAAUCCCUUUAAGAAGUUCAAGAAAUUCAUCCUCAAGACCGUAGUGGCUCCGAUGAGGAAACUUCAGGAAAGCCUCGAUGACCUCUCGGAUCGGAUGAAGAAGAUGGAGGACCGUGAGAAUCGCCAAAAGCAAAAUGAGGAUCGUGCUUCUAGACGUCGUCGCUAAGUGUUGGGCAUUUGACAAAAUGAUCAAACAUUCACUUAUCUAUGUUUUUUUUUAAAAAAAAAUAUUAUGUAUUUAUGUUUCAAACUCCUAUCAUGUCUUAUGUAUAAAACUCGUACUUAUGCACUUUUAUGAUUGUUAACCCCUUUAUGAUUAUGCUUAUAGUUCACUUGCAUGCCUAUGUGUUGAAACUCAUGUUUUUGGUACCCCGCCUUUUUGAAUGUUGCCAAAAGGGGGAGAAAUAUUAGGCUUUCAUAUGCAUACAUUUAGGGGGAGUUUUUAUCAAAAUAUCACGUGCAUCAACUUAGGGGGAGUUUUAAAAUCAAUAUAUGCUUUUCACGAUA